AUGGGGGUUCCGGUAGUGCUGUUAGGGAUGCUGAGCUUCCUGGGAGUGGCUAUGGGAGGCCCCUCUGCCCUCCGCUGGGACAGCACCUCCUGCCACUUGGCCAGGCCCAUUCCCGGCAGCCCCUUGGGGACCCUGAGCUUUCUAAGCAAGGGUGCCCAAGGACUGGCCCUGUUCCACACCCGCUGGGACCGGCACGGAAGGCUGCAAGCAUGUAGCUGGCAAGACGAGCCAGAGCUCACCGCAGCCUUCAGUGCCCUCUGUGCUGGUGAGAUCACCCGGGGCUCCUUCAUCCACACCCCCGGCCCCGAGCUGCAGAGAGCCCUGGCCACCCUUUGGAGUCAGUGGAGGGCCUGCCGACGGCCUGAAGGGGCUAGGGAGAAGCGAGCGGCAGAGACCAGGGAAGAGCAAGCAGGUGGAGGUCCUGGGAGCGUAAGACCUCAGCGGGUGAAGAGAGGCUGGACCAUGCCUGGCACGCUGUGGUGUGGAGUAGGGGAUUCUGCUGGAAACUCCUCAGAGCUGGGGGUCUUCCAUGGCCCUGAUCUCUGCUGCCGGGAGCAUGACCGCUGCCCACAGAACAUCUCGCCUUUCCAGUAUAGCUACGGUAUCCGAAACUACCGAUUCCACACCAUCUCCCAUUGUGACUGUGAUGCCAGGUUCCAGCAAUGCCUGCAGAACCAGCGGGACUCCAUCUCGGACAUCGUGGGCGUGGCCUUCUUCAAUGUGCUGGAGAUCCCUUGCUUUGUGCUUGAGGAGCAGGAGGCGUGUGUGGCGUGGUACUGGUGGGGANGGUGUAGAACAUAUGGCUCCAUACCCCUUGCCCGCCUCCAGUCCAGGACCAUCUACAAUGCCUCCUGGAGCUCCCCCGCCACUCCCAUGACUCCCAGCCUCCAAAGCCCAGCCCUCAGCAAGCCUCGACAAAAGCAGCAUCCUCAGAAGCGGCCGCCACAGUGGAAAGGGUCUAAGCACACCCACAAAACCAACACCACAGCCCUCUGGGUCCCCAUGGCCUCUACCAAACCUGAUAUGUCCCCAACAGCCUGGCUGGAGGUCACCCAUCCAGGCCUCCAGCGGCCACAGAAUGGCCUAAAACCCUGGGAUGCCCGCCGGGCCUGCCGCAGCUUCCGCCGCCUGGAUCAAUGCGAGCAGCAGAUUGGGCCUCAGGAGACCAAGUUCCAGCUGCUCAAUAGCGCCCAUGAGCCCCUCUUCCACUGCAAUUGCACACGUCGUCUGGCACGCUUCCUGAGGCUCCACAGCCCACCUGAGGGCACCAACGUGCUUUGGGAGCUGCUAGGCAUGACCUGCUUCGAGCUUGCCCCUCCACUGGACUGUGCUGAGGGCAAAGGCUGUUUCGGAGACCCUAGGGCCAUUAAGGUAUCAGCCCGGCACUUGUGGCGACUUCAAAAGAGGCGACGCCAGCUCUGGGGUGUGGGCACAGGUGAGGGGCAGUUGCAGCCUUCGGAUCACCCAAGAGCCCCCAUGUCAUUCUAUGACCGCUGCCUGCAGCUGACCUUCCAGAGACCCAACAGGAGGGAGAAAUCCUAG